CACCCUACCCCUACCCCACCCCCAACUCCGUUUUCCCUCUUGAAGUUGUAAAAUUUGGAUUAUCUUUUAGGGUCAAAAACUUUUGGCGCCUAAAAAUGGUGAAAAUUAAUUGAUGCUCAUGAACAAUUACUUGCUUUCAUUUUGUUUAAAAGAUGGUUGGUCGAAGAGAGUUGAUGGGUUGGGUUUAGAAAGUUUCAGUUCAGUAGAAAAUGUUUCGAAGCUUGAUAGUGUUCUUGUUAAUCUUUUAUUAAAAGAGGUUAAUGGGUGUUUGUGUUUUAGGCCAUUUCCUCCGAUGCUCGGUGAUGGGAAGGCGUUGGAUUUGUGCAAACUGUUCUUGGUUGUGAGGGAGAAGGGUGGGUACGAAAGGGUUUGUGCAAGCCGGUCUUGGGGUGUGGUUGCUGUAGAGUGUGGGUUUGAUUUAACAACUGGUUCGGCUUUGAAGUUGGUGUAUGUUAAGUACUUGGAUGCAUUGAACAGAGCAAUGGUGAAACUUGAGCAACCUGAUAAUGAAAAGAGUGAGGUUAAGAAGAGUGCUUUGGGUUUUAGUGCUGUUCGGAUGGACCUUGAGCUGGAUUUGAAGGGGGUUUUGAUGGAAAUUUCUGAUGAAAAGAAGAAAGACGAGGAACAUGGGAAGAUGGAGUUUGAUCCUGCGGCUGAUGGAAAUUUGAGCGAUCAUAUUGAGGUUCAGGAUUUUGUUGAGAAGCGAAGUUUGGACGGUAGUGUUUGGGAUGUUAAGGGGAUUUAUGACAAUAGGCUAAUGAAGUUAAGUGAGGAUGAGGACGAUUGCAUUAUUAGGAAGAGGAAGUAUAGUGAUGGAAAGAUAGGCGUCAAUUAUGAUGAAAAACAUCUGAAGAUAGAUGAUGGAAAUGGAGAUGUUCAGGGUGGCUCAGAUGACAUUGGCCUAACAAAGUUUAGAGGGGAUAAGGAAGAUAGCAUUACUAGGCAGAGGAAGCGAGAGUCUAACUUGGACAUGCUCAAGUGGGUUAUGGAACUUGCAAAGGAUCCAUGUGAUCCUGCCAUUGGGAAUCUGCCUGAAAAAUCUAAGUGGAAGUCUUAUGGGAAUGAGGUUGUUUGGAAGAAGGUUCUUUUGUUACGAGAUGAAAUGCUUUUGGAAGGGAAUGUGGAUACAAGUACUCGAAACUCCAUAUGGCAGCAAAAACAGAAAAUGCAUCCAUCGAUGUAUGAUGAUAAUAGUGGGUCUGAGCAGCUAAGGUGCAGCCAAAGGGUCCAAUCUGCAAAAGAUUCUUCGAAAAAAUCAGGUUCUCAUAUUGAUGCAACUCUGAUAAACAGACCUACCGACUCUUCUGCAGAGUCAGGAGUUUGGUGGAACCGUCGGCGUAAGAAAAUAGCAUCAAUUGGGUCGGAGUUCCAAGCAGAUAUUCCUGAGUGGAAUAAGGACAUCUAUGAAUCUGACUCUAAAUGGUUGGGCACCCGAAUCUGGCCACUGGAUAAAAAUGAACAGCGCAGAAUAUUAAUUGAAAGAGAUCCUGCUGGGAAAGGAAGGGAUGAUACAUGUGGUUGUGAAUAUGCAGGUUCUUAUGACUGCAUUAGGUUUCACCUAUCUGAGAAGAGAAAGAAGCUUGAAGUUGAGCUAGGAUCCGCCUUUUAUCACUGGAAAUUUGACUGCAUGGGUGAAAAGGUUGCACUCUCUUGGACAUCAAAUGACAAACAGAAAUUCCAUGAUAUAGCAAAGUCGAUCCCUUUAUCUGAGGAUGAAAGUUUCAGUUACUGGCCUGACCUUUUUAAGUUCUUCCCUCACAGAAGCAGAGAAUCUUUGGUAAGCUACUAUUUCAAUGUCUACAAUCUACACCGCAUAGGUCAGAAGAAUAGGAUGAAUACUAGUUACGUUGACAGUGAUGAUGAUGAAUCAGGGUGUGGACCUAGGUCUAUUUCUUUUGGGCGGGAUCCUAAGUCCUCCAUCUCUUGUUCCACAAAGAAAGCACGUCUAGAUCCCAUAUAGUAACUACAGGUGGGUGGAUGGAUGUUAACAUCAAUGGCUUUUUGUUCAGAAAUGUAAAUUCGCGGAGUCUCUUGUUCUCUUUUACAUCAGCAAUAUUUUUGGGUCGGUGGAUACAAUGGGUUUGAGGGGAGUUUUACAGAUAUCAAUUUUUGUUCUGCAUUUCUCAAUGUAUACAGUUUAUACUCCCUUUAGAAUUAGCAGUGCUUGAAUCAAAGAAACAAGACUUCUAAGAACACAAACUUUCAUCUAGCAGCAAGUCUCUGAGAUUAUACAUCAAUAUAUACAUGCUGCUCUUUACUAAAGUUA